CCAUGAUUGAACGCCACCCCUCACCUUUUUUUAUUAUUCAAACUCUGCAAUUUUCUUCCUUCCUCCCCUCGUUGACCAUCCAGAAACCCAACCAAUUUCUUCCUCCCUCCUCUAUUUAAUCCACUCUUUCAACCCCAGAUUCCCCACCCAUCUUCUUCUUCUUCUUCAAUUCCCAGAUUUCAUCACAUUAUAAUCACUUUUUCUUUUCUGUUCGAGAGCAGUAGAGAAUAUAAGAUGCCUCCAUUUGCUGGAUCAAUGCCUCUCUCCAAUGGCUUCCGCAGAAGCUUCCAAGAUUCAGCAGUUUCCAGCCUCGUCACCAUUGAUGUGGGAGGCCAGCUAUUCCAGACAACCAAACAGACCCUAACGCAGGCGGGUUCGAAAUCCCUCUUCUCCAAACUGGCCAAUUCGUCGAACCACUCCAUCCCCUUCAUCGACAGAGACCCCGAUCUUUUCUCCGUUCUGUUAUCGCUCCUCCGAUCCGGGAACCUCCCUUCCAGAGCGAAGGCCUUCGAUUUCCAAGAUCUGAUCUUCGAGUCCCGUUUCUACGGCGUCGAGCAGAUGCUGAUCAAUUCCCAAUCCGACCCUUCCCAGUUUGACCCUUUCAAUCUCGAGAAAUCGAUCGUUUUGCCUCUCAACGGCCGAGAUUCGCCGGCGUCGAUCUCCGCCACCCGGUUCGGCUCCGUCCACGUCGCCCAUGGCAGUAAAGUCACUUCCUUUGAUUGGGCGUUGCAGAGAAAGUCAACGGUUUUGACCCAAUUCACCGCCGUAGAUUCUCUGUUGGCUCUGUCCCCGAAGAUCGUAGCCGCCGGGGCCACCGAUUUUUCCGGCGUUCAGAUUCUGGAUGUGGACGAGGGUUUUGUUAGGGAGACUUUGAACUGGGAGAACUUGACUCGGUCCGAUUCGACCGUUCUGGCGAUCGGGUCGUCGGACGAGUACAUGUUCACUAGCUUCGAGUCCGGGAGGCGGAACUCGAGCUGCAUUAUGGUUUAUGACCUCAAAGACAGCUUCAGGCCCGUGGCGGAGAUCGGGCACUACGAGAUCUUCGGGGCCGAGCUCGACUCCGCGAUCCCCGCCACGAAGCUGAGGUGGGUCCCGGGCCAUAACUUGCUCAUGGCGUCCGGGUCCCACAGUGGGCCCGCCAGCGUGUCGGGGGACAUCAAGUUCUGGGACUUGAGGUCCGGGACCGCCGUCUGGGAGGUCAAGGAGAAGCUCGACUGCUUCUCCGACGUCACCGCGUUGGACGGUGUCGGGAUGUUCAAAGUCGGCAUGCAUUCCGGGGAGGUCUCGUUCGCCGAUUUCCGAGCCCUCAGCGGGCCCCGCCCGGGCGAGAACAUUUGGACGUGUCUCGGUGACGCGAGGAAGGCGGGGAACAAGAAGAAAGAAGGGACGGGGUGUAGGAUCGAAAGCCACGGGAACCAAGUGUUUUGCAGUAAAGGGGGGCAAAUAGAGUUGUGGUCCGAGGUUUUCGUCGGAUCCGGAGACAAUAACGACACAAGCACAAACAAGGGCGGCGCCGCUAGCGGCAGAAUAUUCCGGAAGAACGGGUUGGGGAGAGCGAACGACGCUUCUCGUGACCAGAGGAUAACGCAUAUGACCUUCGGAGGGAACAAAAUGUUCGUCACUAGGAGAGAUCAACCCGGCAUCGAGGUUUGGAAGAAUUGUGUGAACAACAAAUUGUAAUGAGCUCAUUCAUGUAAUGUACAGUGAUACAAUGUAGUGAAAUUGUUCAUUUUUAUGUAGCAAUAAAGCAAAAGAUUAAGUAGCAAACAAACAACCCCA